GUCGUUGGUAUUCGUGCUGAUGUUUUCAAUAUUUUGCAUGUUAUUUCCAAAUGCAUAUGUAGCCCAUAUAACAUAAAAAUGCUUAACCUUUAACUAAAUUGGAAACGUGUGAAAACAAAAUAUUACGUUUGAUGAAAUGACGUCAUCUGAUCUAAUUUUAGCGUUUCUAGCCACCACUGCCAUCUGAACUGUAACCUUCUCCGAACAUAUCACAUAACUCCUUCUGAAAUGUCUACCAUCAAGAGAGGCGUGUUUUUGAAAGUUGAAAAUGGAAGUUACCAACUUCGAUGAUGAUGACAACCCCACCUACAAUCAUAGUUACUCUUUACUGGACUCAGUCUACGAACCUGCCAAAACUGUAUCACUAAUUUUCUCAGAUGAUAAUCGAUUGGACAAACUUGACAAAUAUUACAGAAAUGUGAAAUCAACUGUUCUAAACUACCAGAGUCCUGCAACGGGUCUUUUCCCCACCAAAACAGUCGGUGGUAGUAAUUAUGCCAAAGUUCGAGAUUGCCUUUAUUGUGCUGCCAGCGCAUGGGCUGUAGCACUCGCUUAUAGGCGCAUUGACGAUGAUAAGGGAAGGACUCAUGAGCUGGAAUAUUGUGCUGUUAAAUGCAUGCGAGGAAUUCUCUACUGCUACAUGCGUCAAGCUGAUAAGGUGGAACAUUUCAAACAACAUUCAGAUCCAUCAAAUUGCCUACAUUCUGUGUUCAAUGUGCAUACCGGUGAUGAAGUGUUAUCUAGUGAAGAGUAUGGACAUCUUCAGAUCGAUGCUGUGUCUUUAUUCUUAUUAUACUUGGUGGAGAUGAUUUCCUCAGGACUACAGAUUAUCUACAAUACUGAUGAGGUAACUUUCAUUCAAAAUCUUGUUUUCUGUGUGGAAAGAAGCUAUCGCAGGCCAGAUUUUGGUAUGUGGGAGAGAGGGAGCAAAUAUAACAAUGGAAGCACUGAACUGCAUUCAAGUUCAGUUGGUAUGGCCAAAGCUGCGUUGGAAGCAAUCAAUGGCUUUAAUCUCUUCGGCAAUCAGGGAUGCUCUUGGUCAGUGAUUUUUGUUGAUUUUGAUGCUCACAAUCGGAACAGACAAACCUUGUGUUCACUGCUUCCACGAGAAUCACGGUCUCAUAAUACAGAUGCUGCUCUACUACCGUGUAUUAGUUAUCCUGCAUUUGCUGUGGAUGAUGAUGCAUUGUUUGAACAAACUAUUGAGAAAGUUGUUCGUAAACUGAAAGGAAGAUAUGGAUUGAAACGCUUCUUAAGAGAUGGAUACAGGACAGGAUUGGAGGAUCAUUCACGGCGUUACUAUAAACCUGCAGAAAUCAAGCUGUUCGAUGGCAUCGAAUGUGAAUUUCCUUUGUUUUAUAUUUAUUUGGUCAUUGAUGGGGUAUUUAGAGAGAAGCCUGAACAAGUGAAAGAAUACAUGGCACUCCUUGAACCAUUGCUUCUCCAGUCAUAUGAUGGCUUUGCCAUUGUACCGAAGUAUUAUUAUGUGCCGGCUGAUUUUAUUGAAGCAGAAAGGAUUGCACCUGGCAGCCUAAAGCGUUUUCCUAGUAAUUCUGGACAUGAUGGAAAUCUUUUCUUAUGGGGACAGGCCUUGUACAUAAUUGCAAAGCUGCUUGUGGAUGAAUUGAUAAGUCCGAAGGACCUGGAUCCUGCUAGACGAUACGUGCCCCCAAAGGAGCAGAGAAAUAUCAGCAUGAGGUAUUCCAACCAGGGUCUUGCAGAAAAUGAUGUCGUAGUUCAUGUGGCCCUGAUUGCAGAAAGCCAGCGCCUGCAAGUAUUUCUCAACACAUAUGGAAUACAGACGCAAACGCCCCAGCAAGUAGAACCAAUACAAAUAUGGCCUCAACAAGAGCUUGCAAAGGCCUAUCUCUACCUCGGUGUUAACAAAAAGCUUAAAUUGUCUGGAAGACCAAACAGACCUAUUGGAUGCAUUGGAACAUCAAAGCUUUAUAGAAUUCUGGGAAAGACAGUUGUGUGCUAUCCAAUUGUGUUUGAUUUGAGUGACUUUUACAUGAGCCAAGACGUCAUGCUGCUGAUUGAUGACAUAAAGAAUUUACUACAGUUUACUAAACAGUAUUGGAAGAUGAAUCGGCGCCCUCUCUUCCUUGUGCUUAUCCGUGAAGAUAACAUAAAAGGGAGUCGUCUCAAUCCGAUGUUGGACAUGUUGGCAGCAUUCAAAAAUGGUAUUAUUGGAGGAGUGAAAGUUCACGUUGACAGACUUCAGACAUUAAUAUCUGGUGCAGUCGUUGAACAGCUUGACUUCCUACGGAUAAGUGAAGAGGAGGAAAUUCCACAGUUUGUAAGUUUUGAGGAGCUGGAAUGUCCGAAACAUUCAAAAGUAAAGCGGCAGUCAAGUGUAGCAAAUCCAAUGGACAACAAACAACAACCUGAGAUCAGUUUGCAUGACUGGAUGUUUGCCCCUACAAUGGAAAUUCUGGAAAAGCUGGCUGAUGACAUCUCCCUUGUCAGCGAAGCUAUACUCUUGAGUAUUUUGCUGAAGCGAGAAGGGCCUAAUUUCAUUACAGCAGAAGGGACUGUUAUGGAUCGUUUGGAAAGAGUUUAUCAACAUUCGGGCAGAAAGAAACACUGGUUGGCUGUACGUUACAGUGCUGCACUUUUAGAGCUGAUUGCUGCCUCUAUUGCCCCACAUAUUACCACAAUGCUGGUACAUGGGAAGCAGGUUACAAUAGGAGUGUUCGGACAUGAAGAGGCAGUGAUUUCCAACCCCUUGUCUCCAACGGACAUAAAGAAGAUUGUCUACUCUAAGUGUGCCCAACAUGAUGAAAGGGAGGCAGUGCUUCAACAGGAACUAGUCAUUCAUAUUGGUUGGCUUAUUUCUAAUUCUCCAAACCUCUUCCAGGGCAUGCUGAAAUUUAGAAUUGGAUGGAUCAUCCAUGCAAUGAAACAUGAACUAAAGAUUCAAAGUGAGAAUCUGUCUGACAAUUAUGUGUACCAGAUGUCACCAAGUGAUGUCAAAAAGCUUCUUCUGGAUACUCUGCAGCCUGACCAACAUGACAGGUCAUGGAAAAACAGGCGUCAUCUUGAUGGCUCCUUGAAUCGUACUCCCAAGGGGUUCUAUGACAGAGUAUGGCAGAUUCUGGAGAGGACUCCUGAAGGCAUCAUAGUGACUGGAAAACAUCUGCCCCAACAGCCAACUUUAUCAGACAUGACCAUGUAUGAGAUGAACUUUUCACUCCUUGUAGAAGACACUUUACAAGACAUUGUCCAGCCUGAAUAUCGACAGAUCAUUGUUGAGCUACUUAUGGUUGUUUCUGUUGUGUUGGAACGCAACCCUGAGCUAGAAUUCCAAGGUGAAGUAAAUUUAGACAAACUGGUGAAAGAGGCUUUUGAUGAAUUUAAGAGAGACAAAAGUAGACUGGAGCAAGUUGAGGUUAAGGACAUGACUGAUUUCUACAAUACACCUCCAACUGGUAAGAGAGGGACAGCCAGCUACUUGAUGAAGGCUGUGAUGAACACAUUACUUGAGGGUGAAGUUAAAUCAGGACCUGAUGACCCCUGUGUGAUUUGCUAAAGAUAAUGAGCUUCAAAAAUUUAUCUUUCUGAGAUUUAUGGUGUGAUUGCUACAAUCUUAUUUGCUAAAAUUAAAGUUAUAUAUAAUAGGUCAGUUUACUAGAUUUUGGCUUCUUUGCCGCAAAUGUAAUACUUGAUUGAUAAUUUCAGUCUUAGAUUCACUUUGUUUACAAUCUAGCAAUACAUAAAGGAGGUAAUUUAAACUGGGUGAGACUGCUCAUGUGAAAAAAGUUCUGUUUAACAAAUGAAACGUUCAGUACCACUGUUCAGUGAGAGUGUCACUUUAUAUAUAGUUUAACUCUUAAUAAAUAUUUGGAAUUUG